UCCCCCCAACCCAAAAAGAAAAAAAAUCACAUUUCACACGAAAAACCUCGAGUGAGUGAAGGAACUGAGAAGAACAAUGGCAGCUAUGAAAAGCUCGAGAGAUUAAGGCUAAUGCCAAGGCUAAAUUUGAUGAAACCCUUGAGGCGCACGUGAGGUUGGGCAUUGAAAAUGGCAGAUCUGAGCUGAUAGUUCGUGGUACUUUGGCUCUACCCCACUCUGUUAAGAAGGUAAAAAGAACGUCUUUCUAAUCCAUAAUGGGAAUUUCUGUUUACCAGCCACUUAUAUAACACAAGAAAUAAUGGCUUUCUUUGCCGAGGGAGCUGAUGUCGUUGGUGGUCUUGAGCUCAUUGAAGAAAUCUUGAAAAGCGGCAAGAUCGACUUUGAUAGAUGUCUUGCAACUCCAAAAAUGAUGCCCCGUGUUUACAAGAUAUCAAGGAUUCUUAACAAUCACGGUUUGAUGCCAAACCCCAAACAAGAUGAGCUUUCCUUAAGACGCUUUACGAGUGCUUUCAUGAACGCCCUUUUGCUAGCAAAGCCAGCCGGAUUGAAAGAGGAUGGGAAAGGGUUAUCCAGUAUCGAUACAGUCGUUAUCUAGAGCAGCGGAUCUCCAUACCAAAUUGCAGCUCAAGUGAAGCUAGUAGACUUUAAAAUCUUGAUUAUCGGGGAAAAGUUUUCCAACUGUUUCCAAAUGCUGAAUCAUUUGGUUUGGCCAAGCUCUUGGACUCGAGUGAGAGUCAUAUCACAACCAGAGUCAUGGGUACCUUUGGGUAAAGUCCAAAUUUUUUGUACCCAUGGUUAUCAUUAUUAUCUUCUCAGAUGAUGUCCUUACAAAGAGCGAUAUAUAUAGCUUCGGUGUCUUGCUUCUUGAAGCGGUAACUGAUCAUGGCCGUCCUGCUAAUGAGGUGAAUCUUGUUGAAUGGCUAAAGAUGAUGGUUGGAACAAGAAGAGCUGAAGAAGUUGUGGAUCCAAGACUUGAACCUAGACCUAGUAAAAGUGCUCUGAAACGCGCACUUUUGGUUUCCCUUAGAUGUGUCGAUCCUGAAGCAGAGAAACGUCCAAGAAUGAGUCAGGUUGCACGGAUCCUUGAAUCCGAUGAACACCCUUUUCACAAGGAGAGGAGAAACAGAAGAAACAGAACAGCGAGCAUGGAGAUUGUUGAGACCAAAGACGAAUCUCUUGGUCCUAGUAGUUCAGAGACUCAGAGAAGACUUGUGAAUAAGAAAUAGAAUGAGACAGCAGCUUCUUCAAGUCUUGAGAUGUUCUCUUUCUACUUAGCAACUAAUUGAUUGAUGAUCACACACGUUUGGUUUGCUCUGUCUCUCCCAGAUGAUCAAAAGAGCAUGUGGGAGUGAUGACUGUUGCAACCUUCGGAGGCAUUUAUUUAGGACUAUAGUAUUUACUCCUAUUAUUUUGGAGUUAAUUAUUCCUGUCUUGUCGGUAGGGAACAUUUGUCAGUCAAAAACAUGUGUUUAAGAUUUGGGAAUUUUGCACCCACGUCCACUUUCUCCAAAAGUAUUAACACUCACACCCACU